CCCUCAAGGGGAAGGUCAUUUAUUUCCGCUACCAAGACAUGAGGCGGAAUCUACGGCCGGUGGCCCGGGAGGUGCAGUUCACCUACAUCCCAGUUGAUGCUGAGAUUGUGUCUAUUGACACUUUCAACAAGCCAUCCCCAAAAAGAGGCCUUGUGGUGGGGAUUACCUUCAUUAAGGAUUCUGGAGACAAAGCCAGCCCCUUCCUUAAUAUUUAUUGCGACUAUGAGCCUGGCUCAGAAUAUAAUCUGGAUUCUAUUGCACAAAGCUGCUUGAACUUGGAAUUGCAGUUCACGCCUUUCCAGCUGUACCACGCAGAAGUCCAGGUCGCUGAUCGGCCAGAGACCGUCUUCCUUCUGAGUGGAAAUGAUCCCGCUAUUCAUCUUUACAAAGAGAACGAAGAGCUGCAUCAAUUUGAGGAGCAGCCAGUAGAGAAUCUUUUUCCAGAGCUUAAGGAACUGCCAAGCAACGUGCUCUGGCUCGAUGUGUACAACAUUCCGAAUUCGGGGCAGCGAAUUACAGCUUUUGGCUGCCAGAGUGGAUAUAUCCAGGUUGCUCAGGUUGAACCAGCCAAGCGAGUCGUGCUACAGAGCUGGAGCAUCCAACAAGAUGGCCCCAUCUCCAAGGUCCUAGUUUUUGCUCUCCCAAACGUCAGCCAUCCAGAUGAUACACCUGGGAUUGUGUCUUCAAAAGGUAGCACUGAUCCCAACCCUCAGAGCUACAGCGUCCUCGUAACCAGCACUAUCGAACUGUCGGUGGUCUACCGGAACGUGCUGCAGCAUGGCCUGGAGGACCAGCUGGUCUUGCCGCUGAGUGACCAGUACGACAGUGUGCUCUGUGCCCUUGUGACAGAUAUUGACUUUGAUAGCGAGCCUGAGAUCCUGCUGGGCACCUAUGGGCAGGAGCUUUUAUGCUACAAAUAUCGGGCUGAAAACACGUGUGUCAAGAGCACAGCAAGAUGCCACCGUUUCAAGCAGCCUCAAGGGGAUUUUCAUCUCCUCUGGCAGCGCACUUUCCCCAGCCCUUUGUUGUCCAUGGACUACGUCGACCUGACCUGUGAUGGACUCUGCGAACUGGCUGUGGUGUGUCUGAAGGGGCUGCAUAUACUCCAGCACAGCCUGAUGGAUGUAGUCCAGUGCCUUCUGGAGCGGCUUCAGUUGGAGGCGGCAAGUCGGGCAUCCCAGUCAAGCGUUUCCGUGCAGCAGCAGGAUGCCAGGGUUGAGGACAUUGAUGGCCAAGGACCAAGAGUCUGAGGAGUUGGCUGUGCCUUCCCACCUCCUCUUUUCAUCCCCAAGAAAUGAGGAGUAGAAUCUAGAGUGGAGCAUCGUUCAAGGGAUUCUUCCAGCCUUCUACAGAUUCCCAGAAACAGCAUGGCAAUCCAAGUAGGUGGCAGUGAAGGGGAGUGGGAACACCCAGUCCCUUCCCGUGUUGGUUCACUGUCUGCUUCAUAGGCAUAACUGCAGCCCACCAGAAAGGAUGUGCCUCGGAUGCAAGAAGUGCUCCGUGGCCAUGGUGCUUCCAACAAACUUCAGUAACUUUUUUCCUAUGCCUCCAAGGGGCUACCCUGGAUGUGGCCUGACUGAGAACUUCGUAAAUAGAGAAUAAAAUGUGUAUGUCAACUGGGGUCUGCUCUCUGUCAGGGUGGCGGAUAGAUGUCUGGAUUGGCAAGAACGAUACUGCUGUUAACUUUCCUGAGCUCAGUGUCCUUUCUGUCCAUGUUGUGUCCCCAACAGCUUCUGAGAGCAUGGCCCCUUAGUCCUUCAACAGAAUGGAAGAAAAGUAUCGAACAGUAAUAGUCAGAUACAAGUGACCAAGCAGCACAUCACUCCAGGUCUUUGGCUUCCAAAGACCACCUUUUUGCUCUCAUCCUGAGCCUAAGACAUUUGUCCCCUAGAAUCUGCUCCUCAGCCCCUUCCUUAUUCCUGGCCUUUCUAUCCGUCAUUUGUCCGCUCCUAAGCAGAAGACUGGAAGCGGAAGGAAUCCAAAAGGAAGCCGUUGGACACCUUAUCAGCUCACGAGAUGAAUGUUGUCUACCCUGGCAGUGACUCACAGUUCUCUCUGCUGGGGAAUGUUGGAUGUUGAACCUGGCGCUUUUUGCAUGCAGAGUUUUUAAUAAAGGAAGGGCCCUCCCCUUUCAGCGGUGGACCCAGCAGCAGCAGCA